AAUGAUGUUACUACACUUAUGGGGGAAGUAUCUACUACUUAUAGAUUACCGUUUGUUGACUAUCCUGAUUUUGGUUCUUACCAGUGUAUAGUGACUGCUAAUGGAACUGACAAUACGAUCACUUCCAGUCCAGCUUUGAUCACAGUCUCUCCACAAGGCAGUGUAUCAGCUAACCCCAGUACUCAAGCAGUCUCUAGAAAUGAAAAUGCUUCAUUUAAUUGCAAUGCUCAAGGUGGACCCAAUAACACGAUAGUCUGGAUUAGAGGAAAUUUUAAUUCAUCGUCUUUCAGUCUUGACGCUCCACUUAAUGUCUCAUACAUAAUUAACUCACUACCUGUAUUAGAUUAUGAUUCAAGUCUAUCAUUGACAUUUGUUAAUGGAAGUGAUGGUGGUACAUAUACUUGUCUGGCUCUUAAUGAAGCAGGAGUUGGUAGUUUUUCAGUUAUAUUGCAAGUGAUGCUAGAGAUAAUUACGGAUCCUGUGAGCACUUUUACUGAAAAUGGUCAAAGCGUUACGUUUCAGUGUCUAGCCGAUUCUUUUCCCAGUCCUCAAUAUUACUGGGAGAGGUUCAACAUAUCUUCGAAUGAGUUUUACAUGAUACCCAAUGAAAAUAAAAGUUAUUUGAUGAUUGAUAGCGUAGUGUAUGAAGACAAUGGGAGGUACAGAUGCAUUGCUACAGCUGUAAUGGACACAGUGAGGUCUAAUGAGGCUGUGUUGACGAUAUCUCCUAGUGGUAGUGUUGAGAUUGAUCCAGCAUUCACCAUAACAACAAAUGGUAGUACAGUUACAUUCACUUGCUCUGCUAGAGGUGGCCCUAACAACACUUUUAUCUGGACUCGUUCUAAUGCCACCGGAUCAAUGGCCAACGAGACUGAACUAAUGAGCCUUGCAGCAAUGAUCCCAAUAGAUGUUGAUGGUUUCCUUCAUUUAGCUGGUCCUCUUAUUAUAGAGAAUGGUACUGAACUUACUCUUGAGUAUAUCAACGCUACAAGAGAUGGUGGUAACUACUCGUGUGUCGUCAUCAACGAAGCUGGUUUUGUUGCAGUUGAGACCACGCUGUAUGUGGCUCCUAUCAUAACGUUGCAUCCACAAGAUCGAUUAGUAACGCAAGGUCAAUAUUUUAUGCUAUCGUGUUUAGCAGAUGCUUUUCCAUCGCCAACAUACCAGUGGGAGAAGAUGAAUCGUACUAGUGGGUAUUUUGAGGAGAUAACAGACGAGACUUCCUCCGAUUUGAGAUUCAAUAGCGUUAAUUUUGAUAAUUUUGGUAUGUAUCGCUGUGUUGCAAGCUCUGAGGGUAUCACUGAGACAGCAGUAUCAAGAGCAGCCCUUGUAACAG